GCAGCCACCAGAGGGCGAGAUGAUCGUUCGCGACUUGGCCUCAUACCACCAUGUCGAUCGUCUCUGCACCCGCAUCACUAUGGCAGCUUUACGUUGAACAUCUGUGGAACUACACGCCUGGCUCGUGGGUCGACAGCGCAGCAUGGACGUUUCGCAUGCUGGCCUUCCUAUCUAUCCUGCCGUUCGCGAUCCUGACUCUAUUGGAUGUAACUUCAUAUGUGAUAGCUCGGACCCUUGGUGUCAUCGAUGAUACGAAGGCUUCCACGAGUGAGACGGGGAGCGUCCCGACCGGGGCCGACACGCCAACCAUAGUCAUACAACCCGAGAGUCCCCCGCCCACCAAAACGACCAUGACGUCCCCUCCUCCUACGUACUUCCGUGGUCCACUGGAGGAGGAAGGAAACCUGGAACUGUCCGGAGUCGGCAUGUUCUCUCCUGUGCCCUCUCAACCACCCUCUCCCACAAUCUCGCGCCGCGAGCUCAGUUCGCACAUGCACAACAUCUCUGAGGAGCGAAAGGACGAAGGCAUGAACGCGAUUCAUCCCGACCGGCCCGCCUCUCGCGCUUCAAGUAGCGGGGAGUCGUCCUUCGCGAUGCUAGACCAAGAGUCGGGUGCUGAAGACACACCAGUGACGCUCCGGAGGAGGGCACCAACGGGAACAGGUCCCUCUCGGGAGGACUCGUAGCAAUGUCAGGUCGGCUGCGGACUUCCUCUCUAAUUCGUGCGAGAAGCUCCUAAUCGUCCGUUCUUACAUAGCGGUACAAUAUAGUACAAUACACAGCGUACGCUCAAUAACGCCCGAACACGCGCGGCCCCGAACAGUUCUACGGAAGUCUACCAGCCGAAUCUGAGCUGA